GGAACCAACUUUAUAACAUGUUGAUAUUUGUUGGUUUUGUUUUGUUAGUGUUUUGUUAACCAAGUUGUGCGCUGUUGAAAAGCUUAUUUUCAAGUCUGUUAAGUGUGAAUCUUUUUAAAAAUGCCGGGCAAGUACCGAUUUCAAGAUAAUUGGGCGGCGACCCAUGGUUGGAAUUUGUGGCUGAGGAAAGGGAAAGAUAUAUAUGAGGGGUUUUGUUCCUUUUGUAAUAAAAACAUAGACAUUUCUGUAGCAGGGGUAUUUGCCCUGAAAACCCAUGUCAACAGUAAAAGGCACUCAGAUUUUCAAAGACAACUUACUAGUGGAAAACAAAUUACUCUACACUCUUUAAAAUCUGAAACACGGGUGCAACAGUUUAGAAGUGGGCAACAGUUUGGAAGGGAAAAAUGGGCAUCAAGGAGGCCUGCAAAGAGAAAUUUUCUCAAGAACGCUUUACAAAGAGAACGAAAUACAAAAGUUCCGGUAGUUCCAGACAUAAAGAGAAGUGCCAAUGAGAGAAUCAAAACAGCAGAUGUGGUUUCCUGGAAUACAGAAGGAAAGGGCAGCCCAGAAGAGAUAGACAAGCUCUUAAAAAAUACGCAGAAAGCUCUUCCUGACUUUGUCUUACUUCAGAAUGCUAAACUGCCAUCAGCUGGAGAAGGAAGUGAGCACUUCAAAUGGUACUGCUCAGGUGACUUGAGUUCAGCGAUUCUGGCUAACAAGGAAUCUAAAUGGCAAGUCAAGACUCACAACCAAAUUUGUAAUCAGAUCUCUGUAGUCCAAGCUGUGCGAGAAGAAGACACCAAUCUGAUUCUCAUUUCAUGUUACAUCCCACCGGCAACGGAUUAUCAUUGCAAAGAUGUGUGGGACAAACUUGUGAACACUUUGAAGGAUAUUCCGUCAAACGUUCUUCUCGUCAUCGGAGGAGAUUUUAAUGCACAGAUAGGCCAAGAGGAGAAAAAGGGUCUCCUUCCCGCGAGUUGUGGCCAUCUGUUGUACCACGAGGUCAGCAAUGAGAAUGGUACUAAACUGUUAAAACUGGUGAAGGAAGCCCACUUAAGAAUAGUCAAUACACACGGACCACCAGAUUCAAAAAAGGAUGAACACUUCACAUUUAAAGACGGAGAAAUCAAGACUCAACAGGACUUCAUUUUUAUUCCUGUAUCACGAACGCACGGGUACAGCCGUAAUGUACAUCUCCACUGGGUUCCAGAAUACAACCACGCCAUGAGCUAUUGUGAAAUUGUCACUGAUCCCAUGAACAUUGUGGUGUCAGUUAACAAGGAGGAAGAGACUAAGGUAAUCAUUAGUACCUGGAACAUCCAAGGGGCAACGCCGAGCAAAGUGGAUAAAAUUUUGCAGGAACAAGGCCUUGAGUUAAUAUGUGUGCAAGAGCUAUUUCUCACGUCAGAGGAGGACAUACAGUCAGAUCACUAUACGUGGCUCUGCUCUAAAAAGCAGUGGGCCAAGAAUGUGGCCAUCCUAGUGAAGAAGUCACCUGAUAUUUUAGUGAAAGAGUUCACAGUGAUUUCCGAAAAUUUGUGCGUUGCAGAUAUAGUGUAUCACCAUUAUUCUGUAAAAGUGAUCUCAUGUCAUUUGCCGGCUAAAACAGACCCCAGAAACGAAGCAAUUGCCACUCAAAUUGAGGAAUUUGUCAAGGGUAUCCCUACAGAGACGAUCUUCGUCUUGGCUGGUGACCUCGGUAUCAGGAAUAUGAAAAAUGACGAGGAAGAGAUUAAAGAUAAUUCACCCUUUUGGAAGAAAUUGGCAGAAGAGACUAAAACAAACUUAGUAAGCUAUGUGUGGGGAUCGAACGGUUGUCCCUUCCUGACCUCGAAGAUCGAUGACCUUAUGACUAUUACUAGGCCUUUUGGAAGGAGGAUAGUUUUCUUUGAAAACAGCAUCUUGUGCUCAAGAGUUUCCUUUGGGAAGAAAUCAGCCCCUAGUGAUGCAGUCAUUGACGUUGAAGGCAACCUGGUAACCAGGAGUCAAACAUUGAAAACUAUAGACGGAGAGGUCUACAAUAUAACAACAAUAGAGUAUCACGACCCCACCGGAGAUGUAAGUGGGAAGGAGGCGGGAACUGUGAAACCGUCACCAGAAGAUGUUGAGAAGUACUCUAAAAGUGCUCCCAACAUCACUGAGCUCGGAAGAAUUCUCAAAGAUUUUGUGUUGUUCAGCGGAGUUACAGAACAGAGCAACAGUUACAAGAGCAAGCUUCAGAUACUUGUGAUGUCAUUCCUUAGGGGGAACUUCGGUAAACUGACAACGGAACAUAUGUGUGCUAUGGGAACAAAGAAACAAGGGAACAAUAUGAGAGCGACCAGCAGAAUAUGUUGGAACGGUAUUAUAUUGUCUGAGACCGUGGCAGAUGGUAGUGAUCAGAAAACCUUGCGGCGGCAGAACGCAAACUUCUUGUAUUCUAAGUUGGGACAGCUUUUCUUCCAAGUCAAGGCAAAAGUGAGUUUCUUCUGCAAAGGUCAGCCACCGAUGUUAAUUGAUGAUCCCCGCUACAGUGAAAUUUUUCAGAAAGUUGAGAAGACAAAGUAUCCGACAAUGCCGGAAGUGUUGCAGUACAUUGAAGAUUUCUUCACUAAAGACAGCGACACUGAACUGAUUUUUGGUACUGACUUUACCAAGGAUGAACGUGAAGAAAUCCAAAUGUUUGCCAGGAUUCGCAAGCUAGGGUACCGUUUCUAUGCAUCAAAGGCAACAGAGAAGGAAGCAGACCAUAUUGUGGUCUUCAUCAAACGCACUCCUCAGUACUUACGAGACAAGCUAAUAAAGAGUAAGGAAGACCUGAAGUAUGUGCUGAUCCCUCCGAGUGUUGUUGGGGAAAACUAUGACAGCCAUAUAAACAAGUAUGAGCAGGAACAUUUCAAAGAAGAGGAGAAAUUGGUCCAUAACUUCUGGAAAUCAGUGAGAGAAAAUUAUAGAAAAGACAGUGAAGAAAACCAAGUAAUAAAAGUAAUAAAACCAGAAAACACAAAACAAGAAAGUAUAAAACAAGAAAGUAAAAAUCAAGAGAGUGUAAAACAAAGAAAUGUAAAGCAAGAAAGUAAAAGAUUAGGAGUUUCAGGUAGAAAUGCAGUUAGUCGAAAUACUAAAUCUACUGGAAGAUUUGGUGCAAAUAAACGCCAGUACCAAGAGUACUCCAGGUUUGAUGAUCCGUCACGUUUCAGGAAUGACUACAUGCAGCUUCAAAAUGGCCGACACCGACAAGUUGAAGGUAUAUAAUAUACUUUUCCGAAGUGGGUAUUAUGGGGGGAAGAAG